AAUCUCCCUGGGUUUGAGGACAGAUACGUCAGGUUGCUUCUUGCACUCUGGAUCACGAAGCUGCAAGAGAGUGUUGGUGGCUUUUAAGCACAAAGCAAGAGAAGCAGAGAUCUGCGCAUCACAGGCUACAGAGAGUGCAAACCUCACCCGAAGCACGGCAGCUACAGAGGACCAUGGCAUUUGCAGGGAUGCUGAGCGACGAGGACAUCAAGGCUGCAGUCCAGGCUUGUCAAGCUCCAGGCACAUUUGACUUCAAGUCGUUCUUUGCGCAAGUGGGACUGACCGGCUCAUCUGAGGCAGAUGGAAGAAAAGUGUUUACAGUCCUGGACCAAGACAGGAGUGGAUACAUUGAGGAGGAGGAGCUCAAACGGUUCCUUCAGAAUUUCUUUCCGGAGGCGAGGGAGCUGACUGUGGCUGAGACCAAGGCUCUGAUGGCUGCAGGCGAUAAGGAUGGUGAUGGCAAGAUUGGGAUGGAAGAGUUCUGUGAUAUCCUGAAAUAAAGAGAAGAAGCAUCUUUGACCGUGACUGUCUUUCCCUAUUUUAAGAUAAAGGAUUUCUUAGGGGAAUCCUGGUUUUCCAGAUUGUUUGAUGCAAAGACCAGAAACCUUGGAUAUUCUCUACCUGCCUGCUGCUCUCCCUGUUGAUGUGAUACAGUAAUGCGUAAGAUGUUUGGUGGACAGAAGCUGGAAAUUAGUUGUGUGUGUGUUUAAUCAAACGGGUACCUGGAAUGGGUUAAUAAAUGUGUUGGAGAUGGGC